ACAACACUUACAGACAUCUGCUGCAGCCGGACCUUCGGCUCGAAUGAGACUAAUAGGGAGUCUCUGGCCAGGGAAGACCAGCUUGGGAACUGGACCGGCACCGGCAUUGAGCCUGGUCUGGGUGAGCUGGUCCACAUCCAGGCUGAGGUGUUCCUGAUACUAGGGAUCGUCAGCCUUCUGGAGAACAUCUUGGUGAUAUCGGCGAUGGUGAAGAACAAGAACCUCCAUUCACCCAUGUACGUCGUCUUUUGCAGUCUUGCUGCUGCUGACAUGCUGGUGAGUGUCUCCAACUCACUAGAGACGGUGGUAAUCCCUGCACUGAACAGUCGGUUGAUGAUAGUGGCGGACAACCACUUUAUUCAACUCAUGGACAACUUCUAUGACUGCACAAUCUGUAUCUCUCUGCUGGCUUCAAUUUGUAACCUUCCAAUUAUCGCCAUUGACUGUUACGUGACCAUCUUCUAUGCCCUGCGCUACCACAGCAUCGUGACAAUGCGACGGGCUCUCCUGGCCAUCGGGGGGGGGGGGGGGGGGGAUCUGGCUGACAUGUGUGUCUGUGGGAUAGUCUUCAUCGUCUACUCAGAGAGCAAGGCAGUCAUUGUGUGUCUGAUCAUCAUGUUCUUCACCAUGCUGGUGCUCAUGGUCACUCUGUACGUUCACAUGUUUCUGCUGGCGAGGCUGCACAUCAAGCGCAUCGCUGCUCUGCCUGUAGAGGGCGUGGUUCCCCAGAGGACCUGCAUGAAGGGAGCGGUCACCAUCACCAUUCUUCUGGGGGUGUUUGUCUGCUGCUGGGCACCUUUCUUCCUCCACCUCAUCCUCCUUAUCACCUGUCCCAAGGACCCACUCUGUGUCUGCUACAUGUCCCACUUCACUACCUACCUGGUGCUCAUCAUGUGUAACUAUGUCAUAGACCCCGUCAUCUAUGCCUUCCGCAGCCUUGAGAUGCGCACAAACUUCAAGGAGAUCCUGUGUUGUUUCAGUGCAACUUGCAGGAUUUUCCACUGUAAAUACUGAGUGUUGUAGUUUUUCCACAUUUUAGAAAUGGCACAGAAUAGGCUUUGAAGGUGGAAGUUUUAUGUGCUGUGUAUUUGGACCUGCAGGUUUGGCUUAGUGGCUUUGUGUUUGUGAAAAUGUGAGAAGCAAACAGUAAAAAGUGAAUGAUUUAACUCCAGUGUGAUUUAUUUAGUUAAAUAUUGUAGUGACAUUGUGUUUAUUAGCGCUGAGAUCGACUCUGCCACACAAACUUUAUUUUGUGGCACAGUUGAUGCCAACUUUAAUAUUCACAUGGAAAAGUCCACAGACCCAUUCCAAAAGCCAUCAUCGACUCAGUGGGUUUUGUCCAACAUGUCUCUGGACC